AUGAUGUCAAAAGAGCAAGUUCUGGAACAGUGGGCGCGUUUUGUCACAGUGCGUGAACAAAACAAAGAAAAUUUUCCGUACACUAAUUGCGCCAUUUGUCACACAGAGCUCACCAUCCACCAAUAUUGCGUCCUGAACAAGUGCACACAUGUGUUUCAUAUUGAUUGUAUCACCGCCUGGUUGAAGCUCUCGUCCACCUGCCCGAUUUGUCGCAUAACGGUCGAUCAAAGGACGUUUCUCAGCAGCGGAAGAACCGUCACAAAAGAAGUGCCGCAAAUCGAAAAACGUGACCGGGAGCUGGUAAAAUGUCAUAUUCACCGAAACAUCGAUGUUUGCGAUGCUGCUGUUCGCUACUAUAUGCGUACCUGUAAAUUUCGUGGACCGAUGGAGCUUGAAGAUUAUCAAAAUAUCGUUGAUCUGUUCAAAAAGAAAGCAUCAGAGCGUUGCUGGAGUAAUGAGGUUAUCCAAUCAGAAUUGGCCAUUUACCUUCAACGCUUUAUGCGUUACCAACAGUCAGGUCUAUGCGUUGAUGCAUACUUGGGAAAACUUGAGCACGAAAUGACGCAGAAGUUUGAGGACGAGGUUGCACAACAGGAAGUCGUAGGGCUUGUACUGGAUCUUGUGAAGGCGGUUGCACAGAAAGUUGACAAUGAAGUGAUCAUGAAGAAAGAUGACCAAAAAGAUGGAGGGAAGGAAAAAGAAGAAGAAUGCACAGGUCCGAUUGAUCAGCCAACAGAUUUCAAGUUCGCCGUUCCCGAGUUGCCACUGAAAUAUUUGUGUCAGUAG